AUGGAGUCACAGAGCUCCGACUUCUCAGGGCUCGAUGUAGAUGAAGCCUUCAGCGACGACCGUCAGGAUUCGCAAACACGUGUCCUCAGCGACGAUCAAGACUACAGCUCCGACAGCUCAGAGCACAGCAGUACCCCGAGAACCGCACCUGCAGAGGGCUUGGCGCAGCGGUCUGCAGGCCAACGAUCAGGAAGAGCUCGCGGCAUCGGCGGCGAGUCUCUGCGGCCUCUCCGCGAGUCCUCGUACCCGGUAGAGUAUGUUUUUGCACAAACCGCGUUAAAGGAGAAGUGCUCAGCAGAGGUUAGCACGGUAAGCGACGAGAAACGCGUGGGUCUGAAAUCGCUUGGCGGGCUCGUCAAGUACAGCUCAGCUGACCUUCUCACCCGAGCGUGGUGCCUGUGCCCCUCGGAGCUGAAAAACCGUGAGCACCCGCUGUAUAGUAAGCUACCAAAAUGCCCUGAAGUGCUCGAAACUCGGUUUGGCGACACGGAUGAGAUAUCCCGAUUCAUGUGCUCUAUCGCUCUUCAGCUUGGAGAACGUUACCAUCGUGUGACGCCCGUAUACCUUCGAUCCCUGCUCGUUCAGGCCGUCGUGCGAGACGAAAUAGCAGGCGCGAAUCAGAGUGUUGCAAACAGCACACCCUACGCGGACGCUCUGCUCGACCCCGCUUGGGAAGGUGAAAGCGCAUGCGCUGAUGAGGCAGAUGAUGUAUCUGGGAAUGAAGCGAGUGAUGAAGUGCAAGAAGAGGAUCUGGACGUGGAGUCCGCCAUGAGCGCUUUUGAUUUCAGCGUUGCGUUGGUUUUGCCAGUCGUGUCGCAAGGAAUCACGUACGAGAGUCUUCACCUUCUCCACACCUUGGUUGAUCGAUGUCUGAGCUCCUCUACCGAGGUGGCAGUGCUGCGAUCCUGGGGCGUUAGACGCAUCAUGCGUCUGUUGCUUCGUCACAUGAACGUGCACGCCGGGCAAAGUGUGAACAAGAGAUGGCUUGCGACAACGAUAUCAUUGCUGUCGAAGAUCGUUCUCUCGUCCGGCGACACAACGGUGUUUUUUUCGCUUCUGCGAUGGAGUCUGCGCCACCCAGACACGAUGGCGAUGCUGCACAUGCGCGGGAUACGGGGCAUUGUAGAACGCGUGGAGCAGAGAAAUGCGGUUCGCGUGCGCCUGUCCAUCCCGACAGCCACGCCGAAAGAGCAAACGAUCUCGCUUAUUCACUCUGUGGGAAGUACUCCCGCCUCUGUCACGGGCCUCUGCGUACUUACGGAGGGGGAUGCUCCGCGAUGCAUCGUUUUCACUGAAAAUCGUUCCUUCAAAGUCGCCUUAACUCCACCGUUUGAGGUGCUGUGCUGGAGCAGCACCGCCCCCGACUCGUGCCGAGGUGUGUAUGUCGAAAGCGAUAUGUCGAUCUGUGUACUUGGCGACCACGGGAAGGUCUUUGCGAUCAACAAGGAUACCCUGAUGCUUUCCCGGACAAUGUCCCCUCCGUCGCACCUUCUGGGCUCCACUCAGUUUCCUCUGUACAUUGGAAAUGGUGAGUACGUGUCGCCGUACUUUUUAGCCGGCGCUUCCACCGAAAGACAGGCCUGUUUUACAGGAAACGAGGUGAGUGGAGCACUCGCGCCGAGCACAAUCACGCUACCGCGGACGUGCGACUCAUUGAGCAUUCAGUUCUACCUUUGCCCGGUCAUCACGGGAACGGUAAAUGAAAUGACGCUGCUCCAUCUCACCACAGGAACCAAGAACUGGCUGUCCGUGUCGGUCUCGCUGAAUCCUCUUACCUCCACCAUGGUGCUCAUGUUCCGGCAUGGGCAGGAUGCCGUCGCUGAGAUUCGAGAGUCACUGAGAGCAGAGUGGGCUCUUUGGAGCGCGUCGCUGACGUCCACCAAUGACACAGCGUCGUGGAGUGUGUUCAAGAACGGCGUCCUGUGCGACACGCGCAGCCAAAGCGGCACCCUGAUACAGCCCAGUGGUGCUGUUACCCCAAUUUUCUUCAAGGGUCGCUUGAAUGCGCACCUAUCGACACUGCAGCUGUGGAGUCGUGCGCAGAGCGUUGACUGCAUGCGCAACUGCGCGCUGGAGCACACACCGGAGAGCAAAUCGCAAUUCCUUGUGUUUUCGUUCUUGAUGGAUGAAGGGCUCGGGCGCUCUUUCCACAGCCCGCAGACAGGCUACGUUUGGCAAGGCACGGGGGUCAUCUGGGACACCCCACCGAGGCCGUUUCCGGUAAACCGGCAUUCUCCGCACAAGGUUCACUGGAGGCCUUCCGGCAACUACUACGUUGUCACCAACCACUUUGAGUACGCCAUCAUAGAGCCACAGGCGACGACGUGGAUCGACCGCGACGGCCGUGUCGUGGAGCAGGCAGAGGGACUUCUGUCCGUGAGCGAGCGGCCUUUUUACAACAUCACGGAUGGUUACUUUUUCCUGUCCACUCAAGACACCGUGGGCAUUCGUUCUGUGAAGUCAAGCUCACCGCCAGCGGCGUACUUGCAGCAUCUGCCAUCGAUGGUGGUUGGCAAGCAGUUCUGCGCGCACGUCGUGGAGAGUGUCAUGAGGCGCACCCCAAUUACGGCCAAGCAGUACCUAGAGUACCUGGUGCACCGAACCAAUCUGCACCUGCUCACCUACAGCGACGAUCAAGGCAGCGGCCCCGUCCACCUUUCGUCAAGCCUGCGAGAGAACCUCUCUGUUGUCGGUCGUCUCCUCAACUUGACCGAGUACUUGGUCUCCGGCAUCGAAAGCAAUGCGAAGGAAUGCCUGCGCCCUGAGCUGCUGCUUUGCCUUGUUGGGCGUGUGUUGAAUAUUUACGUAAAGCUGUUUGAGCGACAAUGUCCUGGGCAGGUGGUGCGGUCGGUGGUGGACGCGCACAAGCGUCUGCAGAGCCUGAACGCGAAGGUGAAGCAGGAUGAGUUUCUGCAGGAGGCUGUUAGUGUGUUUGGCGACCUUAACCAGGUCAUUCUGGCCCGCUGUGUCAGCCAUGAUUUUCAGCUAAAGCUGAUCACGGACAGCGCCAGCUUGAAGGAUGUACGCCAGCUGCUGCAGCUAGAGAGCCUCUCGCAGUUUGUCGCCACCGUGAUCAAGAAGGACAUGAAGAAGAUGUUCAUGACCUUUUUGCACCGCUUGAAAGAGGAGUGCCAGGAGGAGGCCACGCUCAUCUUCGACAGCAAGCCUCGCCCAAUCAAUGCAUCGGAGGCGAUGCUCAGCACCGUGCUGGGAAUGCUGUCGCAGCAAGGGCACUCGCAUUGGCACCUGGUCGCUGCUGCGUUGAUCAGCUCUCUCUGCAAGUGGAUCAUUCGCUGCUUUGAGGAGCGCUACCCGUCGGACGCCGAGCGCUACGCCAACGUCGAUGCCCUCAAAGAAACCUCCAUCGGCAUUGUCCUCUUCCCCGUCGUACACUACAUGUGCGAUAUGCAGCUUGACUCGUCCAUCGCCCCGGACGCGCUGAAGGCACUCAACGACGCGCGAAAGUGCCUGUCCCGCUACAGCCUGACGCCGAGUAAGACAGGGAAGAAGUUUGUCUCGUUUUCGGAGACGCAUUACGUGGCGUCGCCGCCUCAGCUGAAAGCGCCAUUCUGUGCUAGCCUCUCGUUACAGUAUGCCAAGAGCAUCAAGGUGGAAUUCCUGGACUCCCCGGAAUUGGACCGCGCCUCUAGCACGGUGACCGUCUCGCUCGUCACGAACAACUGCCUGACCUCUCUCGAGGUGCUGCACCCGGGUCAAAACGCCGUCUUCCUGGAGGGUGCGCAAGUUUCGAUUGUGUACGCCGCAGAGGCCACGUUGGACUCCCCGGCCCCUGGCGUGGCACUGAACGUGCACACGGUAGUUGAGCUGGCAACGGAGAAGACGGACUGGGUGCGCGAUAUCUGUCUGGCACUCAGCUACAUUAUUAUCCGGGUGACGCAGCAUAACCUGCACAACACCGCGCCGUCCGGAAGCGCCAUCCGCAGAAACUCCUUUCUUCGCGGUGGCCUGUCGGUCAGCGUGCAGAAGUGCAACAAGAUACCGCUCUCCCUAGGGGACAAAGAGGAGUGCGCCGACCUGCAUGCUCAGCUGUGCGCGGUGGCGGAAGAGACGGACCCGUCGCUCACGGCUGCAUGGAGCGCCUUAUAUGAGAAAAAUCGCAUCCAGUAUUCCAAGCGACUGGAGAAAAUCAUGCGAUGGGCGAGUUGCGCGCUGGCGUGGCAGACUCUCUCGCUCCCCGCAGAGGACGAGAAGACAGUGGAGCAGCUGCUUUGCAGCAGUGUGAACGCGAUCAAGCGCAAGACAUUUUUGCUGCUGGAGGCACUCCAGCAAGGGCGCGAAGAGGCGAUCGUAGGUCGGGCACGCUUUUUGCUCUUCAGCAUAACCCCCCGUCUCUUUGGCGAGUGGCAGCUAAUCGAGCAUCAGCACACUGAGGAGCCGGUGACGGCGGAAGCGGAUCGUGGCUCUCGCCAGCUGUCGCGACUGGCCUACUCGGUUGGAAACCGGAGCCGGGCCACCGUGACAAGCUUCCAAAUGCCUACGACGCACACGCUUGACCUCUCCAGUAGCUAUCACGGGUCGCUGCUGAGCACACGCAAGACGGCCUCGCGGGCGUUGGAUGAGUCGCCGGUGAAUAUUUUCACCAAAAGUUUGAGGAGCGAAGAGGAGAGCUUGCUGAACAAGAUCAUCUACUACCUCAUUAACGGACUUGACAAGUCGACCGAGGACAUCUAUAAAGAUAUGGUGCUCAAGACGCAGCAGGCGGUGUACCAGACGGAGGCGUACAAGCUGCAGGAGGACCUAUGCAAGUCAUUUGCGAAGGACCGGGAGAUGCUGUCAGCCAUUUUGAUGACGCACUUAAAGUACCGGCUGGAGUUCUCUCAGUCCACCAUCGUCGCAGCGAGUGAGCAAGGGGAGGCAGCGAGGGUGGCGAGCGUUGGCUUUGACCAUCACUACACAGAGCAGAUGAUCGGCUGCGGUAUGCUGCGGGAACUGGAGUUGCAGAAGGCGGUGUGCUCGUUUGUGCAGAGCUCGCUGCGCUCCCUCUUGCACAAACUCGACGACACUCAGGACUUCCCGUACGUGGAGGCGGUGUACAUGUGCGCUACCCUGUGCCACCCCUGGGAUGGUGUCGACAUGUCAAUCCUGCAACCGCGAGAGAUCUUUGCCUUUCUCAAGAAGCUCCUCACAACCGCGUGCGAGCUGCGCCUCGAAUCUUCGAGCAGCGACACCGACAGGUACUACGAGAGUCGUGGACUGUUUGACCUUGCGCACCGCUGUUUGGUCAUUCCCAACGCAAUGCUACAGAUGUCUGUUGAGGGCGUUCACAUCGUUCAAAGUGAGGUGCAGGGGCUCCAUGUGGAAAACGUCAAUGUGGUCUUCAGCGCGCGAACGCACUGGAAGGCACACGGCGCGAACGUCAGAAUACCGGCAAAGACACGCGAGGCUGACUACUACGCGAACUACGGCAUUCCAAAAGUAAUCAGCGAGUUUCCGGACGUGCAGUACUACGAGGUGACGCUGGACUUUGCGCUGCAUCCGAGCAACCCGGAGCUAUCGAUGGGGCUGAGCCUUGUACCCUUCUCGCCGCUCGACCCUGUGCGGGCAGACUACGUGCUCUCACUCGCCUCCACCGGUCGUGUCCAUCGCCCGGAGAAGCAGGAUUGCCAGCUGUGCAAUCCGUGGAAGGUCGGCGACGUUGUCGGGUGCGGGCUCAUGGCCCCAUCAAACAGCGUCUUCUUCACGCUGAACGGCGAGUUUCUCGGCGUCGUGGCGGAGGUGCCCACGCUGUCCACGGUUAUCCCGUUUGUCAGCGUGCGCGGCGACGACACACUCAUGAAGGUGAUUGUCAACUUCGGCGAAGAACAAUCGUUCCGCUUCGACCUGGCAUCGCUGCACUGCAGCUGCCGGCAUCGCUACCUCACCCCGAGUGUGGUGUGCGAUACGGUCAUCAUCACGACAGAUUACCUCGUCACCAUGUGCUACAAGGGACUGUCGCAGAGGGAAGACAUCUCGGCGACGAGCGACGAAGCCAUCAGCGGCCUUCUCGAGAAGGCGACAGCAUUCAUCAGCUCGUCAACGAUGUCGCUUAUGGUGAAGCUGAACGCGUGCUCGCCGGGGCAGAGCAGCCGCAUCGAGCAGAUCGUCGUCUUGCUCUCACGCCUUCUCCACUGCGUUUCCAUCGUAGUCGAGUGUUUUCGCUACGACGCUGUCACCCGGCGCACGCACGCGACGGUUCUCCAGCUGUGCGCUGCCAUCCUCACGCGGUGCCGAGACAAAUGGGUCAAGGUACGCGCCUCACAGUGUCUGGCGAUGCUGUGCAAAAUACUGCGUCCCCAGUACCUGGUGGAGGCCUUGGAGGCGCUGCGGGGCCUCGUGUCCUUUGAGGAUAUUGUGCAACAGCUCGUCGACCUCGCCCGCAUCAAAUUCAUCAAGGAGGCGGAUGCACCUAUGCAGCCGCCUCGCUGGGUUGGCGGCUCCACGGUUGUGAAGGGCAAAGGCACCUUCUUCGGGUCUGUUCCGCUGCCAAAGAAGGGCACGCAUCUUGUUGGAUUUCGCAUCAAACGGCGACAGCAGCAGGUACAGGGGCCGGGGGCCCCGCUGGGCGGGUGCUACUACCUCGGACUCGCUCACGGACAGCCGUCGAUUCCGAACAUGGGCAACCUAAUCAGCCGGAGUGACGUUUACGUGUUGCAGGACACAGAUGACCAGGACCAGGUGGCGCAUCUUCUUCUGCGGAGGCACUGCAUCCCGCGCAACAUCCACCGCCGCGUCUACGGCAACGAUGAGGUGGUCUGGGUGGAGUUCAACGCGGACUACGGUGAGAUCGCCUUCUAUCGCGAGAACAUGGUCAUGAUCGGCCUCGCGUUUGCGAACAUUACCCAGGUUGACGACCUGUAUCCGAUUGCCUUUCUCUUCAAUGACGAUGCCUCCUGCGAAAUCAUCGCGCCGCCGUCCCUGACGGACGAGUCUGUCGAGCACUGGACGGAGAGCCUGCGCCGCAGCGCCGCAAUCGACACGCUGCAGGAGCUUCAUGUGGUCCCCGGGUUUUCCACUAUAAUCUCGCUCAUGGUGCAACGCUCUGUCUCGCAGCUCGAUUGUGGUCUGGAUGCAUGUCUCGUGGCGCUGGGAGUGCUGGGUGGGGAGCGAAGCUACCUCUACUGCCAACACGAUACAUAUGGUAUGGUUGUCGUGCACGCGAUCGCCGAGGUUACCGGGAAGGCGGUGGUGUUUCUCGCCAGCGACGAAGACAAGCGGCUGUUUUCCGUGCAGCCACAGGGACUGAAGCCAUCCUUCAUUCAAACGCCACUGUACCAGAGCAACGCGCCAGACGCGCACUCAUGCGCCACACUGCUGUCGAGCGAGCUGCAUCGCAUCCUCUACGAGGCAUCCGCUGUGGCCCCGUUACUGCAAAGCGAAGAAGGAGCGCGACACAAGGUGGAGCGCCAGUACGAGGAGUCCCUCAGCAGCGCCAUCGCGACAAACCUUAUCGGAAUUCUCACCGAGCAGCAGCUGCGGUCGUCUUCGCAGCUGGCGAGAGCCGCUUCAACCACGCCAGAGACCAGCGGCUCUGAGUUUCCGUACCACCGCUUCAACUCCAGCGUCAUUUUUUCGGGCCAGUCCGUGUCGGUCGACCUGCACUGCUCCACCAAAACGCUGUACGUGCCGAACCCUUCCGUUGCUGUCACCACCGCUGAGGGCUGCUCUGUCGUGCGCGGAAAUGUGCAGCUCGAUCAACGCUUCACCCUCGCCGUCUCUGUUACGCAGACCUCGACAAAUGACCUCAUGUACGUCGGAUUUACCACCACGCGCAUGCGCUGGCCGGAAUCGCAGGACGAGGUCGCCAGCUGGGAAGAUGCCUGGGUGCUCUGCAACCGAGACUCCGUCGCCACGAACAGCGUGAACUGCUGCAUGGAGCCGGGGAUCAUCUUUGGCGCGGCGAACAAGGUAUUCCAGAGUGGCGACGUACUUCUCAUGCGCGUCGAUCGACAUGAGAAGACCGUCGCCUUCACGCGCAUAAGGAACAGUGAGCAGACCGACCUGGGCGUCUUGUUCGAGGGCAUCCCCGCCGCCUGUGACCUGCGGCCGAUGGUGGUGUGUGGUGAGGACUCGGUCGUAGUUUUCUCCACACUCAACUCAUGUCUCUUCCCCUCGCGGCUAACGUACCCGGUGAGCAACCUCAACAAUCCAUCGUGUGAGCGGGUGACCUGCUGUUCCUGCUCGCGGCGGCUGAUGCCGCCGUGGUACGGUAGCGAGGACAACGUGGCUCUUUGCGAGCAGUGCUUCAGCUUAUGGAAGCGGCCGAAGGACAUGUUCUUUGUCGUAAGCACGACGUCGCGCACGAUGCCGGAAUACUUGGUCUCGGAUCACUGCCCCGAAGCGCUCGUGGCCGGCGAUUAUGUGGAGUUUGAGGAGAACACCGGCCUUCAGUGGUCGAACAUUCGAAGUGUGAACUCGGAGAUACUAGGGGGCGCGUGCAUCGCGCUAAGUGAUGAGAGUUUUGCCCUCAGCGCGGAGCUGCCGCAGUUUGGGCAGCGCCGCGUCGACGUCCGGCUCAGCCACAUAGCUGGUGUCCCAGGCCACCCAUUCAGCGGCUUGCACACAUUCACACCAAUGUGGCGAGACGGGCAGCAAAUUGGCCCCACGUGCAGCCUCCGCGGCGACUGCGUGGCGGUGAGUGCGACGAUGCUGCCCAUGCGUACAAAGUCGUUCUUGUGCUUCCGCAUUGAAAGCAACUCACGAAACACCCUCUUUUCCAUGACAGAGGUCUUUGUAGGGGUGACGAACCUGGCUGAUGCGCCGAGGUCGAUGAGCCGCGCGGACCUGGAGCAUCUGUGCGCGGCGAAGAUUGUGCGCGGUACAUGGUGCGACACAAGCGAGAAGGUGAGCAGCAGCGGUUACGUCAACAUGCUCGUGGAUUGUUUGAGCAACUCGAUAUUCUUCAGUUCCAGCCUCAGUGGUCUGCAUGGCAAGCCGUUCGUCAUCUCCGGCAGCAUGUCCGCCGAGGCCGAAGAGGACAAUCUUCGCCUCCUCGUGUUUUCACACGAACCUUGCAUCGUGCGCUUCUCGGAGGGGCUUGUGUCCUACAACGAGUGCGUGGAGCCGAGCUUUGCGCCGCUUGCGAUCGGCCUCUUUCCCGAAACAGGUGACGCCUUGUCUGUGGAUACGUUCAACGAAGCGAUUGUGCUGAUGGACACUGUCGACCGCACCCAGGCAUACACGAAAACAGAGUGGCGGUAUUCCCCACAGGUGGACACGCUGGACAACGGCACACUCUUCUACAUUAGCGACACGGUGACAUUUUUUCACGAUGGGACGACGAUUCACGUGUACAUACAAGGAAUCGAGCUGGCGAGCCUUGAGCUUAGUGAUGCACAGCGAAGCGAGCGCUUGCGUGUCGUCGCCUACCUGUCCACACGCGGCACAACAGCUACGAUUGUGCCUCCUCUUUACGGUACUUCUCACCUGGGCAAGAUCACGCGCGUGUGCAGCCCAGACGUGGCCGUUGUCGAAUCCGUAUCCGAACACGGGAAAAGAAGCACAUUCGCAAUCCACAAGUCUGCGGUGCGCUUCUGCGCGCUGCCGGCCGCGGCCGGUAGGGAGAAGCCAGGCCUGUGCGACGGCGACCCUGUCGCAUUUAAGAUCGGCGGGCUGCAGAUAUCCAAGCGUGGCACUGUCGCUAGCGUGCAAGGCGCCGUCGUGAAUGUGUGCGAAAGCAGCGACAAGCGCAACCUCAUCUCUGUCAACAUCAACCAGUGCUUUCUUCUGCGAAACGAAGGCAAGCAGCAGUACAACUACGAGCUCUACCCCCUCAUCUCGCCUCCGACCAGCUCCAUCACGCGUGUCUUCGAGGUGGGUAAGAAGAAGUUUCGUCUGCAGAGUCGUGGAUCGUACAACGGCAUCAUGUUCGACUGCAAGACAUCGGAGACAAUCGAACUGAUUGGGAUGUCUGUGCUGACCCGAGUCACCGGCUGCCAUCAGGUGCAGACCUACUUCCGAAAGGGUUCCAGUGUCAACCACGAGCGCGACGGACGAUCGUGGACGAUUAUCUUCGACGACAUGAUUGACAUGACAGCUGACCAUCAGUUCAGCAUCCCAUUUUCCCCGAUUUCCGUGGAGGGCGGCACGACCUUUUCCUUCUACAUCAACACGUCGCACAACUGCGGCAUCGGCUUCUACUGCGAGGAGGACGGCUGCAGCGGUGAGAUCAGCCAGGAGCUGGACGCAGACGGCACUCUCUCUGUGUACCUGGGGCGGAAGAGCGGAAGCAGUGAUCCGUUCACGGAGUUCAGUAUGUCACCGCGAGGGUUCUGCGGCACUAUUCAGUACAAGCAGAAUCACGGCUUCACCUUGCCGUCGAUUGAGGGUAAGCUCUUCUCCAGACCGUCUAUGGACGCGAACUUCUGCCACUGCAGCGAAUCGCUUCGCCUCAUCUGCCGCCCGCCAACAACGUCGAAGGACACUGUCGUCACGUUCCGAGUGCGGGUUUUCUCGCUGGCAGUGCGCAUCAUCUCGUUCACGAUGCCGGUACUGCUGCUCAACCCAUCGGCGCGCGCUCCUCAGGGCCUUUCGCACUGCUCCAUCUCCAUGUUCUACACGCCGGAAGACCGCCUCGAGAGGCAGUGGAUUUGGAACUCACGGUUCUUGGUACAGGGCGACACUUCUGAGGCUGUGCUGAGCCCGGCGAGCCUGUCUUUGGAGCAAGGCACAUACAUGUUCCAGGUGCUGCUGAAGAACAUCGAGAGCGAGGGCGUAGGCGCGCCGCCGCACCUGUGCCUACUAAGCAGCAGCGAUCCCUUGUACGAGCGCAAGAACAGCCUUAUUGCGGUAAGCGGGUUUUUUGGCGAUGUGACGUGCGAGGCGAACAGGCCUGUACUGGAGGGUGAGCAACACACAAUGAUCCCCGGUGCCCAUCUCAAUCAAAACAACUCGGCGUCCUACAAUGGUAUCAUGUUUGACCUGCGCAGUAAGAAGGAGAUAACGCUGGAGCAAGUCUUCUGCAUCUCGCAGACCACGUCAGACUGCGUUACCGUGCGGAUCUUUUGGAGGGAGGGAAGCAUGGAGGGGGCGGAGAGGGCGCCGCACCAGUGGCGCGAGGUGAUAACCAAGGAGGUGUCAGUGGUGGAUAAACAUCCCUUCUCAGUUGGCCCGCUGAUGUUGCGCAUGCGCGCCAACCAGGUCUACUCGAUUUACAUCAACACGUCGUCGAGCUGCGGCGUUCGCUUCUAUAACAGCAGCGACGGCCACGUCGGAGACAUCCGCGACGAGUUCGACAGUGACGGCAUCUUAUCCGUGUACGUUGGCCGGAAAAGCGAGUCGUCGUCCCCUUUCGUUGAGCUGCCACUCGAACCACGCGCUUUUCGUGGACGGAUCACGUACCGCACGUACGCCCCACAUAAUGCAGACGCGAUGGAGUAUGCCACACUCCCGUACGUCCGCGGCUUUCUUGUUACUCGAAUGCUGGUGGCUCUGAUGUCGUACGUCGAGCUGUCUGACGUUGGCCACUCUGGCAACUUCUCCUAUGAGCAGCUGCUCAAGACCACUUCGCUGCUCGCCACUUCACCGAUGGAUUCGCUGGCAGAUUUGAUGGGUGCUGAGAACAUGCUUGCAUCCCUCAUCCGGGACUCGGGCGAGGUGCGCAACAUCAAUGUCACGAUCCCAAUCGCGGGAGGCCACUGCAACCUCCUGGCGCCACUAGCGAAGGGUGACAUCGCGCUGCUGACCGACCUGCAGAGCGCCGAGUCGAACGCGCUUGUUCAGCUGCAGUCUGGCGUGCGGCCCGACGGAAUGGCUCUCGUGCGACACCGGGACGCAUCCGUACCAUUCCGAGUACCUGCGAAGCGACUCGUGCCCAUCACGAAGUGCGUCAUGUGCGGUUGGAUGUACGCCCAGGGGGUGUGCGCCGCAUGCAACGCCGAGCACAUGCCCAUCGUCUCCGAGGAGGCGAGAGCGGUUGAGAUUGUCGCGAACGGGCUGCAGCAGACACGGUCGGGGCUAAGUAUUCAGGAGACGAUGGAGGCAGCGGUGGCUGCAGUGCAUAGCGCCUGGGGCAGGAACGGGAUGGUGAUGCCGGCUGAUGCGGCAUCAAAGGACAGGCUGGAGGUCCAGGCGUCUGUGGCAUCGAGCGGCGUCGGGUUCUCGAUUCCUGUUGCACUUCUGCUCAGUGAGGAGGAGUGCAGCGAGGCCGGGGGCUUCCUGUGCCCGUUUGUGUUUCACCCCGCUGUCGGCGCGGCAGUCGCGCUACGCCUUUCUACGACGAACGAGGUGUUUUCCGUGCAGUUUGUCACCAGCGGCGCUGCUUCGGCAAUCACGGAACCGACCGAGGAGGCUCCAGCCCACUUUUUUUGCCUGCACCUUUGGGGGGGCGAUGGCGAGGUUCGACACCAACUCACCGAGGAUCCUGUUCGGUUUGUCGUCUGCCGCGGUGGAGAGUCGAGCGUUCCACUGGUGGAAAACGUUCACGCCGGCUACGCUGCUAGCUUGCAGCGCCACGGGUUCGUGACGCUCUUUCUCGAGAUAGAGGCGUGUUCGCCGCUCCCACUGACGGCGCCAGUGCUGGAGAAGGCGGACUGCUGGAUGUGGGAGAAGAACACCGUUGAGGCGCAGCUGUGUUCCACCAGCGCCACGUAUUUGGCGCGGCUGUUCUCCUCUGUGAAGGGUGAGUCGGACUGGCCGCACUAUUCCGCCUUUAUGGUGACGGCGAAAGGCAAAGAGACCAUGAUUUUUCUUGAGCUUCACGUCGCCGAGGUCCAGAGACGCACCGUCUCCUCGUCUGGGAUGAUGGUGUACUCGGCGCCGUCUCCGCUGCUCGUUCGGAUCCGCAAGCCCUUUAACGUGCAGAGCGACGAGGUGCUCACGCUGCGUGUGACGACGGAGGGUGACUUUUUUAUUUACGACACGAACGACAUUGUGCGGUGCAGCAUUUCGAAGGAAGAACUCUACGGCGGCAAGCAUCAGCGGCAGCUGCACAGGAUCGGCUUUGUGAGCGUCGAUCCGGAUAGUGUGACGGCGCUUCUUUACGUUCCGGAAAAAACGCGGCGCAACCCCCGUGCCGCCAUUGCGUCCGAUCCCAAGACAACUCUCUCCUCCUCGUCGCUGCUUCCCAAGACAUACUCACCUACCUGGGUGAAGCUGGAUGCCAGCCGCAUCACCGUGAGUCACAACGGCCUGACCGCGAGCUCCGUGAACGAGCUCGGCGGCGGCGACGCCGUGAUGGGGACGCCGCUGCCGGCGACGGGUGUGUGGUCCUUCGUCGUGCACCUUCACCGCAAGGACUCCCAGCCAGGGACGCCGCUCGGCUCCGGUUUUUUUGCCGGGGUCGCUCUCUCCGACUUUGCUCAGUUUGCUCCAGAGUACUCCGCAAUCAAGACGUACGUGGGGUCGGUAUGGGUGGUGCAGGACGUCCAGGACGAGGAUUCGAUGCCGAAUCAGGAGCCGCUGCCUCCUCUGAUGCGCGGCUCCUACGGCCAAGGAGUGCUGUUUGUUGACAGCACCAAGCUGUUGUUCAUAGUCGACCGAAGCAACGGCACGCUUUCCAUCUCGCGCGACAACGAGUCGCCACAGGUGGUGUUUCAAGGCAUACCGAACGGCGCGUCCGUGUCGCCCUUUGUCCGUCUCGACCAUCCCAACUCAUCUGCGACGCUUGCGCGCUUCUCUAGCGCGGUGGAGUACACACGACUGCACCAGCCGUCGCUGGAGAAGGUCCUCGGGCUGCAGCCCAUCACGCCGUCUCUUGUACGCCGCUACCCACUUUUCAUGGCGACGCAGACGUUCCCGUUCAUCUCAGAGCUGGUGCGCAAGCUCCCCACUCGUCUCGCCGGGGUAUUGGAGCAAUGUUGGGGCGAGCAGAUAGCACGGUCUCGUUUCGAGUACCGUGUAGCGCAGGCGUUGGAGGAGCUUGCGGGGCUGGGCGCUUUUGCCCGCUCGUCGCCUGAGGUGAACAACGCCAAAGUAGAUGACAUUGUCGACUACCUUUCCAGAUCGUCUCGGAGGGAGGUGGUGGUGUUUCCCGCUCGCACGAGCGACACAGCUGCACAGACGUCGCCACUGGACGACAGCACUGGUGUGCACGUGCGGUUGCCGCCAACGUACGAGCUUGUGGGACGUGUGGAGGCGACAAAUAUGGUGCGCGUGCUUCACUUUGAUCGUGAGUUCGGUGCGGUUGAACGCACGCUGCAUCUCUUCUUUCUUGACGACGCGACGCUAAACCUUCACAGCACAAACGACGUCUUGCCGCACCUAUCGGUGAUGCGCCAGCACGAAAUCCUACCAGCGCUGAACAGAGCAGAAGCUGUGGCUAUUAUGGCCGACGGAUGGUUUGAUUGCUCGCUGGCGGACUAUGACGCAGUGCUUAGCGUAAAGGAGGAGGAGGAGAUCGCCUCCUCGCUGGUCUACGCGUUGGAGCACUGGCACCUGCACCAGCUUCCACAUGGCCACGUCCACCCGAGAAACGUCUACUUGCGUGUCGCUCAUGGGCAGGUGGUACAGUGCUGCCUGUGGAACGUGCAUCAGCUGUCGCCGAAGAGCAAGUACGCCUCGCACGAUCUGCGCGACUCUGGUGUCCGCUCCUUGUUUGGUGACCGGUGGGCCUGCUGGCAAAUCUUGCACUCUUUCCAGCACCUUCUCGCGCACGACCCCCGUGUCGCGGAGUGCGUCGAAUUGAUGGUGGACGAGGCCACGAGCAUAUCGCGCGCGCUGCAGCUGAGUGUGGCAUUUCAGGGCAGCUUCCGCGACAGCAGCGAGGGCCUGACAUUUUCUCUGCGCACGGGCUCGCGGCUGCGCGGUGGCUCUGGGUCGUACAACGGCAUCAUGUUCGACGUCGUCGCGAAGAACAAUACCGUUUGCAUUACGAAGCUGUCCUUCAUACCAGACGCCAACACGGUCGCGACGGUGCGGCUCUACGCACGCAUUGGGAGCUUUAUGGGCUUCGAACGCGAUGCCGAAGCGUGGACAAAGCUUUUUGAGGAGGAGAUGGCCUUGAAGGACACGUGGGAGGUGACGCUGGAAAACUUCGAGCCUAUCACAGUGCCAGGUGGCGCGCGGGUUGGCAUCUUCCUCCACACGACGAGCGGCAGCGGUGUGCUCUUCUUCUCCGAGAACGAAGGACUGCAAGGCAAAACCGGAGACGUGGAGGAGGAGAAUGACGACAUUGGCAUUACGAUCGGCAAGAAGAGCGAGAGCGCCAAUCCUUUUGUCGCGGUGCAAAGUCAGAAGCGAUUGCUGAAGGGCAGCAUCACCUACACAGUCCUCAUGCGAUCAAACGGACCGCGCAGCCGCCUCGUCUCCUGCUGUGAGCCCGUCCUCGGCGACAGCAAGGGAGAGGAGCAGGUCGAGCUUCGUUUGGUGCAAGUCCGCAGUGCGGCGAGAAAAGGCGAAUGGGAUCCGCAGGCUCCGGGCGGCGAGUGCGCUCCCAGCGGUGCUCAACCCGGGCUCACCGCCACUGAGCCGCCGGCGUCGUCGGGGUACUGCCUUCAGGUCCUUAGUGCACCAAACACUCAGCGCGGUGGGUGUGACAGGGAUAAUGUACUGACACUUGUGGCGCCGAGCCAGUUUGUGUGGUGCCGCACGCCCGACGUGGUCUCCGUCCGGCCGGGACUGCUGCGAGAGGUGACUGCUCCCCUUGUUCGCUUCCUUGCCGCCGAGGGCCUGCGCAGACGUCGCACACUACUGCGCCAGCACAAUCUCCGCAGCCGCGUGUUCCCGUGCCGCCCAUUGCAUUUUCUUCCCCUUCUUACCCAUAACACGGAGGCCGGAGCGCCAUCUUCGAUCUUCAGUGUGACGCACCCGGUUCUCAGUGGUGGUAGCGUGCUCAUCUCGGAGCCCAUAUCGUCCUCUUGCACCCUAUCGCUGUGGCAGAGGACCGCUGGGGCGGUGAUGCUGCUUGUUAUGGAUCAUAUCCCGACGACGGAUGAGGUGACUCGGCGGGCGACGGCAUCAUCGUCCGACUCGCUGGUUGGCGCGCGCAGCUGUGGCGGAUUUGUGCACGUCGAUGACGCGCUUCGAUACGUGACGUCGUCUCGAGAUCGCGUACAUCUGCGGCUCAAAGCAUCCUUGUCGUGCUGCCCCGUCUUUGUUGUGGCGCGGCUUCGAAACGCCGGACACCGCGACUCGCAGCUCUUCGCCUACAGCAGUGCCAUAGACCACGAUCUCUUCACCCCCGCAGCGGAGGGAUGCUUCUUCAUGACCGACCGCAAAGCCACCCCACCCCACGACAAGGCCGCUGUCGCGACCACUUGGCACGCCUGCGGCGGGUUCAUCGCGCUGGAGGGGCGCGACGACGGUGGUGCUUGUGCAGAGUCUCUAGUUCGGCUCGAGUCGCUUGUCUCCAGCAGAGGUGAGGUGCGCUUUGUCUGCCUGCCUCGGUGCACCGAAGAGAGCGAAAGGGUUGUGCAGGAGGUAAAAACCGGCGAGGCUCCGCGGAACGUUGCUGUGCAGCAUGUCAUUCCGCCAGCGUCGCUCCUGAUUGAGCUGCGCGAGCAGGUAAAGUGGAAGUCGGUGCGGCACCUAGUUGAGUUUACGUGCCUAUCCUCGUCCCUUGCACUGUGCGGCGCGUGCGGAGCAUGGCAGGUGGCGGGGGGCAUCAACUGCAGCGCGGUGGUGUCGUCGCCGCGCUUCACCACCGCCGAGCGGCAUCGUGUGCACUUGCGGCUGCAGUUUCCUCGCCGCAUGCCGAUGGACCUGCAGCUCGACUGCAAGAGCGGCUCGGCGAGCCCGAUUCGGCUGCUGCACGGCUCCUACAAAUCCUUGCGCAGCCGUCUAUUCGACCCCGCGGUGCGAGAGGUGUUUGUUUGGAUCGACAUCAACCUGCAGACGCGCGAAGUUGUCGUGCUUAGCAGUGACGGAACCGUCUACCACCCUUUCAUUGAGGAAAGCGUGCUUUCGUCUGACGUCCAGCUGGGUUUUGUGUCGCACGCGCCAGGAUCGGAGUUGGAUGUGCUGGAGUGGAGGGUCUGCUCCUCUCAAAUCCGUGGUGAGAUGACUGCGUCCGUGUUCAAAAGAGUGCUGGAGGACACAUCUCUGGCAGAGCUUUCAGCGAACACAUCCCUGACGGUCGGCACCGUGUGCCGCCACUCGGCCCGCGGUGCGUUUUCAUCCAACCACGAGGUGAACCUCUCCCCAGAGAAGCAGAUGGGAGUUCUUAUGGUGAAGUACGCGAGAAUGCUGCUCGAGAAAACGCUUCUGUCUCAGGAAAAGGCACGGGCAGCUGCACAGCCGCAGUUUCUCCGACUUCUCUCGCUCACGGCGUUGCGCAAGCACCCGGACAUUGCCCGCAUCCUGGAUGGCGAGAUCAAGCAAGGCUCUUUCCGCCUUGUCUCUCAGUGUGUGGCGCAAUUGUCAGCGCCGUUCCUGAUGCAGCUGUCGGCAGAGGCGGAUGCUAGCAUUAAUGUCAUCGCGUCUCUGAUGCGCAAUGACGUUUUCCGCCGCACAAUUCUGAACGCGUUCGGAAGCUCGCUUAUUCUCAUUCUGCUGAGGGCUGCAACGGUGUACACGCGGUCGACACGGCACACGGCGCUCCACUGCGUGCAGGAGCUGUUGGCGGACGGGCGCGUGCCGCUUCCAUCUCACCACGUGCUCUCCGCGCACCUCCGGCCGCUGACGGACAUGAUGGCAUCUCUGUGCCGGAGAGAGCGGAUGGGCUCGGCAGUGGUGCAAACCGGUGUGACACUCAUCGCCGACCUGAUCGAGCGCUACCAGCGUGAGCGGCCGGAGCACUCGUACCGAGAUGUUCCCACAGAGAUACCGUACAAGCUGGUCUGCUGCGCCCGCGAGAUCGUGCGCGCGAUCACUCAUGUCCCGCCACUGCCCUUUCCUUCGGCAAUGGUGGCAGAGGUGAGCUCGCCGCACACGAUGCGGUGCGAGGUCAUCAAGCGCGUCAUCGACACCGAAGAUAGGACCCGCGCGAUCGGCGUCUUCAGGGAGGAGGGCCGGCACCCGGAUAGCAGUAUGUCCUUUACGGUAAGGGUGAACGGCAACCGGCGUGGCUCCGUCGUGGUUGGCUGGAACUCGGCGACGCCGCGGCAGCAGCAGGAUGAAUCCCUGCCGUGCUUUGGCUACUUCGUAGAUGGGCGCACCGGGGCGGUGUUUCUGUGCUAUAACCACACCAAGUCUAUGAAAGGUCUAGCCCUCCGCGUCAACGCUGGUGACGAGCUGAUAACGAGCGCCAACUACAGGGACCACAAGAUCACCUUUGAGCUCAAGCGUGCCGGCAUUACAGUAGGGGAGACGAAGUUUGACACAGAGCGGGAAGUCAUUGGGUUACCUUUCUUCUGCGCCGAGUACUGUGAUGACGCCACAGUGGACCUCAAGUCAUUUCAUCCAGGGCCGCAGACGCUCUCUGUAUCCCGCCUCUACGAGCAGAUUCUCCGGGCCCCGUACGAGCAAGACCAGACGCCGGCGCAGUCGUAUGAGUUUUACGCGGAGCUGAACCUGUUUGCGCAGACUGUCCUGAACGUGCACAGCAGCUCCGACAUCAUCUCGCGCGUCGUGAGCGAGACGACUGUGGCGAGUCACGAGCUGGCCAGCUUCACGCAGGUGUCAUCGGUGCUGAAUGCCGGCGCCUUCGCCGACAGGGUGUCACUUGCCCCACUCACGCCGUAUCUUGUGCGCCUAACGAAGCUAGACGAGCUGACGGCCGAGUUUGCUCCGCUCAUCAACCUGCGCCGACGCACGGAGCUAUUCGACAUAUUCGGUGUCCUCAAGAACCUCUGCUCCCGGGAGACGGAGGAGCAGAUUCAGACGCGUAUCAUGGCACCGUUCCAGAACAUGCAGGGCAAGAAGGUCUCUGUGACAAUCCACGCCAUGCAGGCACAGCCCACGAGCUCCACCGGCCCAUUUCAGACACUGAUGCGCUCGGUGUUUGGGCAGCUCUAUCUGCAGCUGCAGCAGGCCACCAUCGACAUCUUUUAUAUGUCGCCCAUCUUCACUGUGAAGCUCGCCGGUUUCGGCUCCACCGACGCCGGUGGCCCUUACCGUGAUGUCUUAUCUCAGCUCGCCACGGAGAUCAUGACGACGCACCCCAACAAGCAGUGCCAGCUGAACCCGCUCUUCGUGAACUGCGGGCGCGGCGACGUGACUUCGAUUAUGCCAAAUGUUGCCCUGAUCAAGAGCGCGCAGAUACCCCUCAUGCUGGAGUUUUUCGGGAGGCUGCUCGCGUCGCUUUUUCUCACACAAGAUGUCUUGGCAGUGGAGCUGCCUCCUCUCUUCUGGAAGCUGUUGCUGGGCGAGGAGGCCACCAUCAAGGACCUGGCCGCGUUCGACGCGGACAUCGCGAAGCUCCUCCAGCCGGAGGAGCUGAUGAUGCGCACCCACGAGGAACUGGAGGAGCGCUUCCCUGGUAUCACAGCAGUGUGGAAGGCCAUCGUGGAUGACAACCAGCAGUUCCUCCUCGACGAGAAUCUGCCACCAGAGACUCUGGACGGUGCUUGCCUGCUUUCUCGCCGCAUCAUGGUGAGCGAAAUCCACCGCUUUGAGGAGGCGAUCGGCUACAUCCAACAAGGCUUUGACCAAGUCCUCCCACUGUACACCUUGCACGCCUAUCGGUGGCAGAAGGUGGAGCUACUCAUCUGCGGCACUCCGAAGCUCACCUUUGCAGACUUCUACAACAAGUGCGAUAUCCAGCUUUCUACCACCGAUGCCAACAUGUUUUUAUCCGUCCUCGAAGACAUGACGGACGAGGAUCGCACCUUGCUCCUUCGCUUCACCACGGGCCAGUCGCGCCUUCCACUCAAAACAAAGAUCAAGGUGACCCACAACGGAACCAAGGAUACACUUCCAACGAGCAGCACCUGCUUUUUUGCUCUUCGCUUGCCCUCCUACUCAUCUGCGGAAAAGAUGAAAGAGCGUCUCUUGUACGCUGUACGACAGUGCAAGGCAAUCGACGCGGACGCUCAGGCACGCGAACAUCUCAUCAUUGAUUGA